AUGGCUUCUUUAGAGAUUUCACAGGCUGCCAAGGACAAGGUGAGAAAUUCAGUGCACACUGGUCUUAUUGUAUAUGUGUGUAUUUGUGUACCUGUGAGUAUACACAUUGUGUGCAGGUAGACAAAUGCUUGCUGCUGACACUCUGCCUGCUGUAAGCUCUGGGUGCUCAACUAUAAAAUGUGAUUAAAUUAUUAGUUUUAUACUGUGAUGUUGUGUCCUUAAUUGUUUAUUUGCUAAACAGUUAACUGUGAUGAACAUGAACUCAAAAACAAAAACCAAACUAUUUUGCUAAGUUGAAAAAAUAUAUAUAUAUAAUUGCAUAGGGUUUCCUAAUUUGGCUGCUAUGCUUAAAAUUGAACAAAUUUGUCAACUCCCCACAAUUCACAGUUUAAUCAAUAAUCCCUUAUUUAAUGCAAAAUUGUUCCUCUUAUAUGCUGACUGUAACGAUGUUGCCAUGUCGUAAUGCAUGACUAAGGGUGAGGCCUACCAUUUCAUUUUGCAUUAUUGGAGUUUACGUUUUGAUAUAGUGAAAUAUCACUGAAAUUUGUUUCUAAAUUAGGACAUAUAUUUGAAAGGAACUUGCCCAAAUGUCUCGCCAUGAAACCACCAUGCAAAUAGUUAUAAUUAGACCUAAUGUUAAAAUAUAUUUCACUUUCUAAGUCGCCCAUUGUGUUGCAGGCAUCAAACAAGUAUUGUUGGGGUUUAUUCACUAAAUUGUGGUAAGUGACUUGCAAAAUGUAGGACGAAAUAGCAGACAUGGCUUAUUUAGACAUUUUGUUAUUAAACAAUCUUUUUAUUAAUUUGCAUUUCCUAAAAGUUAUUUUAUUAUUUUGAGGCACUCAUUACUGUAUAUUUUUGUAUAAUGUUGUAGAGUUGAACCAUCCAGAAAUGGAUACAUGUGUACUGUAUUUAUUGCUUCGUUUUAUAAAACUAGAAAUGAAAGUUGUUUUGUAUCUCGCAUGGCUGGAAAACACGUAGGUGGGAAAUAUGACCCUGAAAGUAAACUAUAAUGUAAUGCAGUUCAGACAGCCCAGCAGUCAGAAUAUCGGGAUUAAAUAACAUUUUGUAAACCAUAUUAAAAAUGAACUAUCAGAGAGGAUCAUGUGCAGCCUGUAUUGUACAGUGUUCAGACCUAAUCUACUCUUUUAAAGGGACACUACUACCAACAAGCAUAAUACAGUUGUUUCUUCAUGUAAUAGUAAAUAGUUUAAAUUAUUAUCGGUAUUUAUAUAGCACCAUCUUAUUCCGCAGAUCUUUAUAAUAUUAUGAAAGGGGGAAAAUUAACAAUAAAUGAGACCUCUACAAAAUGUUACAGGAGCAAUAGGUAGAUGGGAGAAUUACAGUAGUCCAUGCGGGAGAUUACCAGAGCAUGAACAAGCUCCUUGGCAGCAUCUUGCGUGAGAAAGGGGCAGAUGUGGGCAAUGUUUCUUAGGUGAAAUCGACAGGUUUUUGCAAUAUACUAGAUAUGAGGUACAAAGGUUAGGCCAGCAUCAAAGAAAACACCAAGACAACAAGCUUGCAAGGAUGGACUGAUGCAAGUGCAAUCAACUUCCAGAGAAGGAUCAGCAUUUUGAGAAGUAAAGUUAAGAAGCUCAGUUUAAGAGUGAUUGAGUUUCAGAAAGCAGGAGGACAUCCAUGCAGAGAUUGAAGAAAGGCAAGCUUUGACACGUUGUAGGACAGCAGGGGAAAAAAUCCGGGGAGGAGAGAUAUAUCUGGGUGUCAUUGGCGUACAGGUGGUAGCGGAAUCCAAAGGAAUUAAUGAGUUUGCCGAGAGAUGCAGUAUAAAGAGAGAACAAAAGAACAGAUCCUUGGUUGACUCCAACAGAGGCAGGAUGAGGGGAGGAGGUUUUAUUGGAAAAGGAGACACUGAACAACCAUUGAGAGAGAUAGGAGGAGAACCAUAACAAGUGGCAGAGAGGUCAAGAAGAAUUAAUAUGGAGUAGUGGCCUAAAACAUUGACUGGUUUUGGUUGAUAGGGUGGUGUUUAAUGAUGUCACAAAGUGAUAUAACCAAUUUAGGCUGCACCUGUAUAUUGGGCACAUUUUAUUUUUUAUUACAGCUCUGUAAUGUAUAAGCAUCCUUAUUUAAUGUGGAUCUGUCAUUUUCGGAAUUACAUCUCCGGUUAGCGUCCAGUAGCUGCGUGGUGCAGUGGAAGGUACGUAUACCGACCUGAAGCUGUCUCUCGCGGCCACCACCAUCUUCUUAGAGGUCUUUGGCUCCUGGCUCUUCAUUUGGCAGGAGCCGUGCCAGCGCUGUAGAUGAUGGUCUAUGGAGCAUCUAGGAAGUCCCAGGAGCCUACACAGAUGACGUCUUGGGAUGAGUGAGACCAUGCUUGAAUUCCACAGCCAUCACUUUUGAUGGCACAACUCCACCUUUGGUCAACCUCAGGCUAAUUUGCCUUAAGGUAGCUUGGAAUUGCAUUGGAAUUUCAAUAAAAUUCCAACUCAAUAAGCAUUUCGUGAAGAUUAUAUCCUUAUAAAAUAUUGGGACGUGACAGAGCUGCUUUAAAACAACAUGUUACAUGACCACUGCUGGAGAGAGAGAGGGUGUUGCUAAAUGUGGCUAUUUUAUUUUAACCAUCAUGAUAAAUGCCACAGUAACAGAUAUUCACAACAUGAUUCAACAGUAGUAUAAUAUUAACAUAUCAUUAUAAACCAUUUUUCUCUUUCUUACAGGUAGAUGGAUUUCAGAAACAGUUCUGCUUGGAGGUGAGUACUUGUCUAAGGGAAUUAAUCCCUUCUUGUAAAUCGAUAGUAUGUACAUCUCUUUAUACAAACAAAGGCUCAUAUAAAAAUGAAAGCACACAUCCGUACAUACUAGUGUUGGAGGAAAGAUGAGACGGAGGGGAUAUGACAGAAACAAGAAACAAGGGAAUCAACACAGUAAAGGAGGAGACUAUAUUUAAAAGAAGAAAAACUAUCACAACAAGAGGACAUGGUCUUAAAUUAGAGGGACAAAGGUUUAAAAAUAAUAUCAGGAAGUAUUACUUUACUGAGAGGGUGGUGGAUGCAUGGAAUAGCCUUCCAGCUGAAGUGGUAGAGGUUAACACAGUAAAGGAGUUUAAGCAUGUGUGGGAUAGGCAUAAGGCUAUCCUAACUAUAAGAUAAGACUAGGGACUAAUGAAAGUUUUUAGAAAAUUGGGCAGACUAGAUGGGCCGAAUGGUUCUUAUCUGCCGUCACAUGUUCCUAUAUGUUUCAGUGAGAAUGCUGAUGCGAUAACUCAUUGGAUAAUUCUUCCACCUAUUAUUUAAAAUCCAUUAUUUUGUCCUUCCAAUUUCAAUGAAAUAAAUAACCUUCAAAAUAUGGGGUUAUAAGGACAUCUACCUACCAAGUCUUGAUCAUUAACUGAAUCUAAAUGAAAUGUUACUAGAUGAAUAAGUUGAUUUGAUUUUAAUAACGCUUCAAUAAAUUAAAGGGACACUAUAGUCACCAAAUCAACUUUAGCUCAAUGACUUAGUUUUGGUGUAUAAAUCAUGCCUCUGAAGUCUCCCUGCUUAAUUCUUUUAGGAGUUAAAUCACUUUUGUUGCUGUUUAUGCAGCCCUCGCCACACCUCCCCUGGUUGUGACUUGCACAGCAUGCAUUAAAAAAUUGUUUCAUUUUCAAUUACAUGUUCUCUUACUUUAGAAGUUUUUAUUUCCAGCUCUGUAUAUUGAACUUGAAUCACACACAGGAGGCUCCUAGGAGGUCUAGCAAGCUAUUAGUGCAGGAGAUAAGAAUCGCAAGAAUUGCGAUUGUAACACUAUAGGGUCAGAAAUACAUGUUUUUGUUGCCAUACAAGUUAUUUUGGUGACAUAGUGUGUGUGUGUGUGUGUGCGCAUGCAUCUCAACCAACACUACACACAAACACACCUGUGCAUUUAAGCAUUAACACUACAUACAAACACACCCUACAUUCAAAGGCAAUCACUACACACAAGCACACCACUGCUUUCAAAUAGCAACAGUAUAUUAAAACACACAACCUCAUUUAAAUGCUAACAAUACUCACAAGCACACCCCUACAUUUACACACACACUUCAUACAAAAACAUGCUUGAAUUCAAAAACACAAACACGGCUCAGUGUUAAAUACAACCCUGCAAGGAUGGGAAAAUGGUAGAUCCUAUGCUGACAAAGCAUUGUGGGAGUUGUAAGACAGACGGGGAUGCACCUUUUGAUGACCCUUGCCAUAGAGGGUGGGCUACAAAAUUUUCUUGCACCAGAGUUCUCUGUACGUUAGUUCCGCCAUUGCACGUGGCCUUUGUAGUGGGUGUAAUAAAGCCAUAUUGAAUGCAAAGAAGACAUUGUAUUUUAUUUUGUUGUGCCCAGAGCCAGUGACUUUUAUCAGUCUCUAAAAAUGAAACAGCUGUUUAAACUGGCUUCAGAAGUGCAACUGAUUCUAUUAAAAAAAAUUGCCUCAACAUGCAGCAGCAGUGGUUAGUGGAAGAGGGGCUGAUGGCAUAAAAAUGGGCAGCAUGAUUGAUUGCAGAGAGUCAUUUCAGGACUCAUGACAUUCAUUCCACUGUAAAUCACAUUAUCAUAUCCAAUGGACUAUAUUAUAGUCUAUCAAGCAUUUGUUGUGAUAUCAUACAACGAUAAAGCUGUUAAUAAACCUCAAUAAUGCAAGCAAGUCCUAUAUAGUACAUGUGAGAUGGACCAGAGAAGGAUUAGGUUGAUUGGGUAGGCAACCUUCAGCACUCCAGAUCUUGUGGACUACAUCUCCCAUAUUGCUGGCAAAGCAUAAGUGGAGUUGGAGUGCCAAAGUCUGCCUACCCCUGCACUAUGGCUUACUAGACAGAACCAAGAUAGCCUGUCUACCCCAGGCACACCAUACACAACCCUAUGCUCUUGAUGUUACUAUUUCCCACACCUAAUGGAGAGGGAUUUAGAGUCUGUAACUCAUGUGGUACAUACUACUUUAUGUGGUAGCAGUGCAGUGGGAUCACCUCCUUCUAGAAUAGAACAUUUAAUGUUAUCAAUUCCUUAUUUUAAAAUUACACCACUUUGUGAUCCAAUAUAAUUCCGCUAAAAGCGACAAGCUCUCAUGACCAUAACAAGCUUUCAAACUAGCCCCUAGGAUAUUUACUGUGAUCUGUAUCUGUUUUGCAAGGAACUGAAGAGGAUCUGCAUCUUUCUUCUCAAAAUUUGCUUUAUACAUCUUUACGAUAAUACCAUACACUUUGGGAAGACCUGGGAUCCUCGAACAACCUUUUUCCUAUUCAUUCUACCAAUAUCAUUUUUUGCUCACUCCCUGACUCCUAAGUUUCCCUCUUAUGUCCAUAUUGUUACUCCCUACCUGUUCGUGACGGACCACCUGGCACUCCGACCGACUGCCUCCACCAAUCGAUGCUCCUAGUGGUCACCAAGGAAUUCCAGCACUCCACCAGACACCAUAAGCACUGCAGACCCCACUUCCAGUGAUGCAGCUGCGCCAGGGUCUCGGCGUCCUUCACAGUGGGCAGACCUCUGCUACUCCCAGAGAGCGUAGCAGGAACAGCUCUUAUAAGAGCUAGUGAUUAUAAUUCAUGGGGAGUAUAGUGAUCUAGCAAUCCUAUGUUGAGGGUAAGCACGAACAGAAUUUUAAUGGAGGCACACUGGCCUUUUACGCAAGUUUCCCAACAAGGGUGACACCCAGGGACACAAAGUGAAUAAACCAAUAAAAAGUCAUACAGUGAGACACUCCCAUACACAAACAAUAGAAUCCCUCCUCUGUGCUUGGGAGAUAAUUGAAUCAGGAACUGUACUAAUCUAACCCAAUUAUCUCCAAGCACAGAAAAACCAUAACAUUUUAUGAAACUCCAAAAAGUACCUUAAAAACACAUAAACCCCCAUAAAGUUACCUCCUCUGAUAGCCCCGAUCUGGGUGAACAACAUAUUCAAAAAUCACCCAGAUCGGUUCAGGGGUUCAGGAAUUUCCUGGAAGUUAUAGUUUUGACCGACCGUGCACAUGGUCCUAUGCCCAAAACAGUUCCAGGGAAUUCAGUGUUAACAGUCGGUCAAGUUCGGCAGUCUUUUACCGGUUUCCUUGCAGGGCCCAUAGUCUGUGGGCAGGAGGCUGGCAAGCAGGCCCCUCCACGUACAAGUGGCGAGGUUACUUUCGCCACACUGUUCUUAUCAGGGCAAUCUUGUUUCUUUUGUCAAACGGUUGAUUGUUCACAACUACUCAUAAAGUCUUUCAUCUGUGAGGGCUUAGCUUAAGCUGAUUAACACUGACAUAAACCCAUGAUCCCUUUUGCAUUGUACAUCUAAGCUAAAAUUUUCCCUGUUAAUAUUUUAACCUGCUAUCAUGCAUUACUUAUAAUGAUUGUAUGAACAUUGCUUGAAAAAUGGAAAACCAUCCCUAAUGAACAUAUAUUUUAAAAUAAAAGUAGAUUCACUGCACAUUAAUGUGUCAUAUUUCUUCUUUUACCCACAGGCCAAUAAGCUGGUGUCAUCUGGGUUCCCAAAUAAGAUUUCUGAGUUGGACCAGUUCCUGAGUGUAAGUGGAAGUAUGAGCAUGUACUGCAAGAGAAGGGGAACGAUUUUUUGUAAUCAAUAACUACCUAAUUCCCUAAAUGCAUACACUGACCAGGUACAUACAUUUUUCUCUCUCUAGUAGUUAAGCAGGGGCCUGCCUUUGCCUUCCCAUCAGGACAACAAUUAAAGUCCUGUAGAAUUGUCACUAACCCACGCUGGGGCUUCCUUGUUAAUUUAGUGCUGCUAAAAAAAGGUCAACAGAGUUUUGAUUCUAAUGAAUCCUGCUUAUCCAAUGAAUCCUGCUUAGAUAUUUUGUAUGAAAAAAGAAAAAUUGCACAUCGCUCAUAAAAUGCAGGCCUUACAAGGCUUGUAUGAUCUUUUUCUUUUGAUCGUAUUUAGGUUACAUUGUUUAUUCUUCAGGUCAUGUUUAGUUAUUAUUAUUGAUACUGUUGUCUUUCCAGGUAUCUAUUCUCUACAUUUCAUGUGAGAUGUGCAAUUUUUCUUUUUUCAUAUUGUAAUAUAUAGGGAUAGGCCCUGGGACAUUUUAUGGAAUGUCCCACUGGUGUAUGGAUUCAGUGGCUUGAGAGAAUCAUGUUUUUGGCGGUAUCUCUUUCCCCUGCUUCCGCUUCUUUGUUCUAUAGAUAUUUUGUAUGCCUGAUUAGGAUAAUUAGGAUGCAUCCCCAUAGGAUGUCCCAGGCAGGAUGUAUGAAAAUGUAGUGUUGGAAAUCCUGGUUUUGUCAAAACACUUGACAACCACUAUAAGAAGUUUGGAUAGCCCUUUAAACUUUGUCUCCCCUACCUCUGCUUGAAUUAACCCCUUAAGGACACAUGACAUGUGUGACAUGUCAUGAUUCCCUUUUAUUCCAGAAGUUUGGUCCUUAAGGGGUUAAAAGACUAAACAAAACACUACUGAAGUUAAUGUAAACAGUACAUUAUGAUGUAUAUGUAAGUUCAUUUAAACUGGUGCUUUGUGAAUAUUGUUUAUUGUAUACUUUGUAUAGAGGGCUUGGAUGCAAAAAGCUAUAAUUUUAAUCCAAAUACUGAAGGCAUCCGGCUGAUUGAUCAGAUUCGGUCGGAUUAGCCGAAUUCUCACUGGAAUAAGGCGGAAUUUUGUAUUUUCACUAUAUUUGGUCCAUUUAACAAAAUCUGGUGUUUAGUUAAUUACCCUGUCAAUACCAUAGCUCUAAAAAUAAAACCGCAAUGGUAAAUUUUGAACCACUAGACUGAAAUUAACAACUGAACUUGCAGUUGUGAAACAGAUAUAGCUCUCCUUAACCUAGCAGCUAUACAGCAUGGAAAAUAUUGACAACGUGACCUCACUGGACUUAGAGUGCGCAUCCAAGUGGGCAGUCUUUCAGUGGCGGCAUGGGAAUACGCACGUUAAUCAGACAACAGAGUUAGCAGCCAUGCCAACCGUAUCAGAACAGCUGAAGAUUAAGAUAAAAAUUCUUGGGGGGCUCCCAAUAUACCAAUUCCAAUAGAAGACCAUUCAUCAAAAAUAUAUUCCUAGCCUGGGGCUGUUCUGUGAAAGACAAUCAGUGAUUAAUCUGGGAUAGUGUUCUGUUAAACAAUAUUGUAGUAAACCUCUGUAUGUCACAUGUAAUAACACUGCAAGAAUGUUGUAGGUUUGACAUAUCAACAAUAUAUAUAUAUAUAUAUAUAUAUAUAUAUAUAUAUAUAUAUAUAUAUAUAUAUAUAUAUAUAGUCUGAAGUUACCAUUAAAAUAAGUCAAUUUUUUACUGACCUUUUAAAUAUUUCUAAGGUGAUCAUAUUUUCUUUUUGAUGUAAAAUGUUUCCCAGAAAUCUAUUGUGUAAUCAUAGCUGUCUCUUUUAUUUUGAAACUUUGCUGAUUCAACUAAUCUUCCUUUACUGUUUAAUAAAUAAAACCCAUGAGAGACUCUACAUUUUGAAGAGACUCUCUAUUUUUUUUCUGAAGUUAUAUAUAUAUUUUUUCUUCCUUAGUCUCCAGAACUGAAUGUUUCUGAUCUGACAACACUGCGUGCUGAACUGGAUAUCCCAAUACCAGAUCCAGAAAAAGAGAAGCAGAAGGAGAAGGAGGUGAUUAUACACCUAGUGUACGCCUUACAGAGAGAGCACCACAAGUAGACAUCCCAGCAUGUAGAAAAGAUCUGACUGAACUUCCCAUAGCAAAAACACUGUGAGGGUUAUUCACUAAAAGGAGUGUUGUGAAUGCACACUCAGUUGUUCACUAAAGUGAAUAACCACACAGUGAUUAACUGCAUAACAUUGAACUCAUUUACUAAAAGCAGCCAAAGUUCUAUGCUGCAACUCUGCAAAUAUACAACACAGUGCUAGUUUCAAUACCUUACUAGAAGUGAGCAGGGUACCCCACUGACUACAUUGGAAACACAGGUUUUCAGCUUAGUAUAGCUUCUUGAUAACGUUACAUUUUUUCUAAGUUCACUUAAAUGCACAGCUCUCUAUGUACCAUAUUUAAAGGGACACUAAAGUCACUCGGACCAUUCACCUCAUUGAAGUGGUCUGGGUGCAGUGUCCCUGUCCACUUUAAUCCUGCAAUGUAGAACAUUGUAGUUUUUGAGAAACUGCAAUGAUUACUUUGCAGGACUAAGACUGCCUCUAGCGACUGCCUAUCAGACAGCCACUAGAGGUGCUUCCUGGAUUCUAACAGAGUUUGGCUCUGUUAAAUGACGUCAAUGUCAUCCAGUGUCCUUAAAACACCAUAGUUAAGUAUUAAGGCAAUGAUUUCCUAUGAGGAGGGCCUAAUGGGCAUGCGGUGCUCGGUGCACAUGCACAUUUACCCGUCGCAUGAUGUCGAAGGAGGAACUGUAAUACGGUUAAGUGAUUAAAGUUUGGUUGUUUUUUUUUUUUUUUUUUAAACCCUUUAUGUGCCGGCGGGGUGGGGGGCAUGAAGGGGAGGUGGCAGAGUGCAGUAUAGUGUUAGGUAUACAGUUUUGAAUUCCUAACACUAUAGAAUCCCUUUAAUGAAGGUAAACUAAAGCAUCUCUAGGGCAAAGUAAUACAUUUGGAGAACUCACUCCAUUGGAUUCUGUGCAUUCGUUUCACUGAUGUGUUGGUAUGAUAUUUAACUGUCGUACAGUGCACAUAUUAACAUAUUAACAACCAACUAAACUUGCGGAUCUCAGUCACAUUUUCUAAGGUUUUUUUAACUUCCCAUUCAUUUAAGGUUGUUUGUUUUUAUUGUCCGUUAGGGAAACAAAACUGAGGGCUCGUAGGAUCCGUAAAAUUUCAAGAAGGUCCCACAAGGGUCCCAAUACAUAUAUAUUGCCAGUGCGUGCAACCGCGUUUCAAUAUCAGAUAUUGCACGCGAUUGCAUCCUGUAGGGUAAAACAGUGUGACCCCAGCCGCUCAGCUCCCGUGUAAGGCAGGCAGGUGCGCCUUGGUGUGGCCACUCUCUGAAGGAGAAGCGGGAAUGAGAGGUAGGGCAAGGGAAGAAUGUGGUAGUAGAGCGAGUGCAGGUCAGCCCACCUGUCUCUCGGUGUCUCCUACUGGGAAUCUUCCGGGCCCUCCCCCCGUGGCUGCGACAAGCCACCCUCCUCCACCAGAUGACUGGUCUGGAACUACUCCGUGACCGCACCAGCCAGGGUUCCCAUAUGUCCAUGUGUGUCUGUGCUCGGUCUUGGGCUGCAUACCGCAGCUCCUCCAUAACCCGUAGCUCUUCCAUUUUAGUAUACCAAAGGGUCAGCGGUGGGGCUGUGUCCUUUUUCCAGUACAAGGGUAUUAUGUUUUGCAACAUUAAGGAUGCGAAUGGUCAGGGAGCAUUUGUAGUGGAACGUGGGGGAUGUUGUGUGGUGUAGAAGAUAGAGGGCUUGCUGGAAGAGUGGCAUAUUAUCUGUGAACGGGCCACUGUGGAGGCUAUUUUUUCCCAGAACGGUACUAUGAUCGCGCAUUCGCACCAGAUGUGCAAGAAGGAUCCCACCUCCCCCCUGCACCUUCAGCAAAGGCCAUCGGUAUCCAUGUGCAUUCUCUGCAGGCGUUCCCGUGUCAAGUACCAUUGCAUGAGAACUUUAUAGGCUGUUUCAGGGGUUUUACUGGCUAUUGCGCAAUGGUGCACCAGAUCGCAUAUCUUAUGCCAUUUGUUCUCCGUGAAUGUUUCCCUGAUGGCCGUUUCCCAUUUGGACAUGAAAGGGCAUGGGGGGAGUCCCUGCCGCUGUUGUAUCAUCGAAUAUAAGCAGGAGAUGCUAUGGGGCAUGGGGUCCAGUUCCUGACAUAGUUGUUCAAAUGGUGUGAGGUCUCUAUAGAGAUCAGGGCGUUGAGGAAUCGCGGUGACAUGGUUCUUGAUUAGAGUGUAUCUAAAGUUAGUCAUGAAGGUGUGGGUGGGUGUGCCUGUGAGUGUGUGCAGGGGCAGAAUUUUCCCAGUGGCAGUAAUGUAUUGUGGAAGGACGCAGCAAAGGUUUCCUGGUCUUAUCCCUGGCUCAGAGUCAGGGUUGUACACCAAGGGCAAUAGUGGGGAUGGGAAGGAGGACAGACGUAGUUUCCUCGCUUGUGAGUGCCAUAUAGACAUAGUGGCUAUAAUAAAUGGUUGUUGGGAGACCAGUCGCCUGCCUACAGUGGGAUCAAGCCACAGGAUGGCGGAGAGUGGUCUGCCUGCGUGAUGUGCUUCGAUGGCCUUCAAGGGUUUAUGUACCCCCUCCUUAGCCCGUUGCAUAUGGCAUGCUAAGUAGUUUAGUUUGAGAUCUGGGACGGCCAGACCCCCUGCUGUUUUGGGGAGUGUAAGUUGUGAGUAUUUGAGUCUGGAUUUAGUGCCCUUCCAGAUUAAAUUAAUGAGGAGGGUUCGGAUUUACAUGAAAAAGGUGGUGGGGAGUGGAAUUGGUAAUGUCUGAAACAAAUAGAGUACCCAUGGGAGGAUGUUCAUUUUGGUGAUGGUCACCCUACCGAGCCAUGAAAAGUGGGGUGUUCUUCCGUAUAACCCCUAACAUUGGGACAAAGUUAGUUUGGGAUAGUUUGGUCAGGUUGGCCGUAAGCCUCACUCCCAGGUAUUUAAUAGUGGUGUCCUGCAAUUGAAAUGGGAAGCUUUGUCGGAUCUGAUCCGCCCUCCCCUGGGGGUUGCCAAUGUUGAGGAUAGAGGAUUUGGCGUAGUUGAUCUUUAGGUUUGCGAUUUGGCCUUUUCUCUUAAACUCUGCCAUGAUGUUUGGGGGAGAAAUUUCUAGACUGGUGACAAAGAAGAGCAUAUCAUCCGCAUAUGCUGCAACUUUGUGAUGGUCUGCCCCUGCCACUACCCCUGUAAUAUCUGUGUUGUCCCUAACUUCCUGUAAGAAUGGUGCGAGGGCCAGGAUGAAGAGCAUCGGCGAUUUUCUGAUCGGGAACGUGUCAGUGUAGACCCCGUUUGUGCACACUCUGGCCGUGGCGGCUGAUGUGUUGGUAUAACUCUGACCAACAUAGCUACAUUUUUAGAAUUAUUACUCCUUAAUUACUAGUAAUACGUUUCAGGAUGAAAUACAGAAACUUAUAAUAAUUUCAAGGGAACAAUGAAAUAUAAUACUUAAAUAGUAAAUAUUAUGAUAAACAUUUACCUUUUCUGUUAUUAAUUUAUUGUUUUAGACAGAAGGAAAGACUUCUUUCUUUCACAUUAGUAAAGAACCUGCAGAUCAGUGACUAUCCCCUUCUAACCCAUGUACCAAUAUGUUGCUUUUAUUUAUUCUGUAGAAAAAAGAAAAAGGCGAAAAAGACGAGAAAAAGAAAGAGGACGAAGAGGACAAAGGUAAAGCAUUUUCCCAUUUUCUUCUAUUUGCAAAGUACCAUCUCUCUCUUGAGAAGAUACUUGUUUGCAACAGCCAUUGCCAGCAAAAUGGCAAAAGUUGAUGGUGGGAGCUACACUGUUUGUCAAGCCUGGCUAGUAUUGCCCUAACACAACCUAGUAACUGCAUUAUCUCAUUAUAUAUUUUGAUUGUGUUGCCAAUUUAUUUAAAUUCAGUUCCAACACAGUCAAGAUAUGGGUGUUUAUUUAGAUUUUAUAUUUCUGAAAUACUCCGAACUGACAUAGCAGCUUUAAUGGUACACAAAAAAGAAUAUUCAUAUAUACAAUAUGUCAUUACAUCAUGUGCAAGAUAGUUGAUGGUGGAUCAGACUUUUCAGGAAAAGUUAUUUAUUGAGAUUUUUUUUUUCCUGAAAGAAAAACUGUCAACACUCCUGGAUUUGUACACCUGACAUUUAAAUGAUCCUUGUUGGCAGUCUAAAAGACGACUGCUAUUAUUUGCCCAGCAGUAAAAGUCUACCACAGUUUCUAAAAAAACUACCAAAAUGUUAUAGUUCCCCUUAGUGACACCUCCCCACUGUCAAGCAGACAUCUAGGAGGAUUUUAAUUCGCUUUGAAAUGUACUUAAAUAUUGGUUUCUAUUCUUCUCUAUGAGAAGCAUUGCUGAAUGUUUUGUACCAAUGCUUCUCUAUGAGAAACAUCUCAUUCAGUAAUGAUGACUUCCCAGGAGGAGAAUUAGAGAGCUACAAUGUGGAGACUGUCGGAGCUGGAAUAAGGAUGCAUUUAAUUGAUUUUAACACUUUUAGUUUCAAAAUGGGGGCGGGGGGGUUACAGGAUAGUAAUCUAAAGUUUAACUGACAGCAAUUCGGGAGAAAACAUUGCAGUAGCUGACUGUUUUUCUGGACAGGAAAAGUAUUUUUCUAAUUUGUUUUGUGUACAGGUCCCCCCUGUGGUCCCAUUGCCUGCAACGAGAAAAUUGCUAGUCUGCAGAAGAAAAUCAGAAGUGAAAUCCAAGAUGCAAAAGAAAACCUGAAUGUGGUAAGAGCAACACGUUGGGGACAGAGAGCAGUAGAACAUAAUGGAAUAAUAGGAGAGGAAGAAUAAUAUUGAUCGGCUCCCUGAGAUCGAGGUUCAUAGGAAUAUUAAAUGAGAAGCACAGAAUGACUUAUAGUACUAAUGUAUUUGUGCUUUCUGUCUCUGUUAGGUCUCUCUUUGGCUGCAGCUUCAGAUUCCUCAGAUUGAAGAUGGGAAUAACUUCGGUGUUGCUGUUCAGGUAACUAGUUACACCGAUCACUGAUAUUUGUUUCAUAUUAUUAGAUUGUCAGCAAUUUUUCCUUGAAGGGAUGUGAGUACAUUACGCACAAGAUAAUAAAUGUAGGUUCAGCACAGUUAUACAUAUUGUCAAGUUGGUCUAUAAAUGUGAAAGUAUUGUGUCUUGCCCCUUAUGCCUAUAAGCAUGAUGCAAAAAGCUAUGGAUCUUAUGGUAGAAUCUGAUAUGAUUUGAAAAGAGUAAUAGAGUUUGGAUAAAUAUAUGGCACAGCAUAUAACCAUUGAUUUCAUUUCCCUAACCUGUUUGGAUAGGUACCAGUUAGUAUAUGCGAAAGUGGCUUUUAUUUUCAUUUAUAAAUCUGGACUAAUGGGUUGUAUGUAUUUUUCCAAAAUAUGUUCUGUAAAUUCAUAUUUAUGAACAGAUGAUGUUCACCAGCCAAUCUGGAAAUACACAAUACAGUUUGUUCUGGAAUAUGCAGUGCAUGAUUGUAUAAACACUGGUGUAAAAUUGCAUUAGAAACUACUAUCAGAGCAAUCUGUAACAGCUCGUUACUCCUUUUACGAUGAUAUUGUUCAUGUGUUCAUGAUAGCUGUUGUUGGAGACGGGAGCUAUUUUAAAGACGAUAUUCAAAGUGUUGUUUUAUAUUAUUUUGUCUGAUUCAUUUUUAUUUCCAGGAAAAGGUGUUUGAACUGAUGACAAACCUGAGAACCAAGUUAGAUGCUUCACAAACUCAGAUAGCAAAGUAAGUCUAAUCUCUAGCGCAGCAGCCUCGUCUGGCUCUUUCUUUGUUCUAAAGCAGUCAUGUCCAAAGUACGGCCCGCGAGCCAAUUGCGGCCUGCGUUCCGGUUUAAUACAGUCCCACAGGUUAUUUGGCUAAUCCUAUCUGUUGUGGCCCCCAGUGAAUCCCAGAGUGCUGCUCAGGAUCCCUGGAUCUUUGAACGUCGCAGUCCUGAGCGGCACGCAGGGAUUCACUGGGGGCCAAUAGAUCGUGAGAACGCAGAUGGACGUGCAGUCACUGCUCGUCCUCAGUCUGAGUUCUCGCAAUCUCUUGGACACUGACGUAGCGAGAUUUGGUUCCUUCUCCCUGGAGGCAGUGAAUGAAGGGGCAGCGAAUGAAGGGGCAGAAUAAAAGAGAGAAGGGGCAGAGAAUAAAGGGGCAGAAUAAAAGAGAGAAGGGGCAGAGAAUGAAGGGGCAGAAUAAAAGAGAGAAGAGGCAGAGAAUGAAGGGACAGAAUAAAAGCGAGGAGUGACAGAAUGAAGGGGCAGAAUAAAAGCGAGGAGGGACAGAAUAAAGGGGCAGAAUAAAAGCGAGGAGGGACAGAAUUAAGAGAGAAAGAAUAAAGAGAUGAAAUGAAAAGUAUGCCGCUUGCAAAUUUUUUUGCAUAAUUGCAUUUAAUUUAAUUUGCAUUUUGCAUUUUAAUUUUAAUGGUUCAAAGAAUGUCAGGCAAAAUGGUCGGCCCUCACGCAUGUUCACUUCAUCAAAUCUGGCCCUCUUUGAAAAAGGUUUGGACACACCUGUUCUAAGGGAACAGAGAUUAAUUUUUAUAGGUUUCUACAACUGUCCUGUUUCAAUGUAGCCAUUUCAACCUGACUGAUGUUAAAUGCUAUUUUAUGGUUAAGAUUAAAAGUAUUGUAAUGUUAUUGCAUAACCUGUGAAAUACUGCUUACACCACAAUAGAAAAAGAUUGACAAAAAAAGAUUAAAAAUCAGAAAUUAGGAUUUGAGUAAAGCAUUAGUGAAAUAAGUUAUGUUUAGCGACUCUUGUGAAGACUGUGGUUGAUAAAUAGGUAAAAGCAUUAGUAAUCGAGAUUAAGGUAAAUGGUGGUGAUGAAAAAAGUUAAAACUCUUUGUCAAGUUAGCAGUUCAUCAAGCUUACUAUUUCAGUGUAUGCAGGCCUCACUAAUUCUGAAUGUUAUGGCAGUGCAGAUAUUUCAAUUACAUUAAUCAUAUGUAUUUUAUAGGUAUCUUUCUGAUCGAGGUGAUGCAGUGGCCAAGGCAGCAAAAACUCCUCAUGUGGUAAGAGAUAUAUUUUUACUUCAUAACACCAUCUAAAUUCCUAAAUUUUGUAUGAACCUUGACUAAAGUGCUUCCCCCUCUUUCCCAGGGAGAUUACCGUGCUCUUGUUCACCAGUUGGAUGAAGCCCAGUAUUCUGAGCUACGCAUUACAGCUUUGGAGAUAAGGAACUUCUAUGUGAGUACUGCCGGAAGAGAGAGCCAUCCAUAUUGCUGAUGCAGGAUGGCUAGCCUAGCUAUAGUCUAGUUAGGGGUAGGCAACCGUUGGAGCUCCAGAUAUGGAAAACGCAUCUUUGUAUUUUUAAAAUGUAGAAGUAAUAUUUGUUACUCCCCUUGUUUCCAGCAAUGAGACACUGUUGUGCAGCCGCUACCUUCUUUGUCUGUAAGCAUGUUGACGUCUUCCAAUCCAAGGCUUCUAAUAGAGAAGCAGUAUGGAUGACGAGCAUAUGCUCGGCAAACUGCCACACUUCUCCAAUCAACUUAUCUUAACCUCUUAAUGACCACGGAUGUAUGAGGUACGUCCGUCAAAAUAACGGUCCUUAAGAACCGCAAGCGAUCACUUCCGGGUUGCCGCACGUGGCGCCCGGCAAUGUAGUGCAGAGCAUCGGAAGCCUUCAGGCAGGCUUCCGAUACGCUGCCUGUACUGAGUGCCUCAAGGGGUCAAAGCACUUAGUAAAUAAAAAAAAAAUUUAAAAAAAGUAAAAUAAUUAACCCCUACCUUUCCUCCCCAUGUACUUACCGAUCGCCGCCGUUCCCCCGCCGGCGAUCGGUCUUCUCCUGAGGGGGACUAUAUCGCUCUAAAAGAGCGGUCACAUGGCCGCCAUAGGUGUUCGCAGUGCUGCUAGCAGCGGGACUGCCUGAACUGAUAGGUAGUCCCCCUGCUGGUGCAAAAAGUAAAAAAAAAUAUAAAAAAAAUAUAUAUGACAUCAUACUAAGUGUAUUUUAAUAUACAUAUAAUACAUUAAUAUAAAAAUACACUGAGUAAAAUUACACACGUGUGUGUGUGUGUGUGUGUGUGUGUGUGUAUAUAUAUAUAUAUAUAUAUAUAUAUAUAUAUAUAUAUAAUUUGUGUAUAUAUAUAUAUAUUAUAAAAAACAAUUAAAAAUAAACUGUAAAAAUAAUUUUAAAAAAUUUAUAUAUAUAUAAUAUACAUUUUAUGCUAUAUUUAUAAAUAUUUAUAUCAAAAUACACUUAGAAUCAAUAUAUAUAUAUAUAUAUAUAUAUAUAUAUAUAUAUAUAUAUAUAUAUAUAUAUAUAUAUAUAUAUAUAUAUAUAUAUAUGUAUAUGUGUGUGUGUAUGUAUAUUCCCUUAACGACCAUGGACAUACUAGGUACGUCCUAUAAAAAACGGUCGUUAAGGACCACAGACUUACCUAAUAGGACCAAAAUAGGAGCCCUGGACCGACUAUCACGGUCGGGGGGACUCCCGGAGACCCUAGCAGUCCCCCUGCAGCAGCUCCGGCCACCCCAGCCCUCCAGGGUCAUGUGAUCAUCAAUAUCACAUCGGUGCAAUAGGACUCUAGGAGCUGCCUGCAGGAGGACUGUCUGAGCUGUCAGGUAGUUCCCCCAGGCUGCUAUAAAGUAAAAGAAAUAAAAAUUUUUAUAUAUAUAUAUUAUAUACACACACACACAAUACGAUGGGAGUUUUGCACUCCAGAUCUUGGCCCGGUGCUCAGCUGCACACAAAUACAGUCUCCAAAAAGAAAGCCAGCACUCAAGGACUUCAGCAUGAAAAAUAGGCAUUUAAUCCAAGUGGUCAACGUUUCAGUUCACAACUGUGAACUUUCCUCAGGACACACCGGUAUUGAGAUUGAAAGCUACUACGAGGCAUGUGGUGUCAAAGUGUACAUUGCUCAAACCCCUGCCCACUCAAUACCACUGUAGCUACCUGCCUGUUUUUAAAAUAUGUAAAAUUGUCUCCCACUAAUGCAGACCAAGUAUAAUGUGUGUCCUUAUGUCUGCUACAGUUUUCUGUAUGCUGUAUUAAUGUAGUUAGCUUUGCUAGACCUCGCAUAUUUUUGUAGGGCCCUUAUUGAUUGCUCCUUCUGUUAGAUAGAGCUGGAAAGUUGUAUGUAGAGUUCGUGUCCCCCUUUUGUUCAAUCCAUGAACUAAUCAUAACAUACAUAAUACUAGCAUAAGAAAGGAGAUGCAUAUCUGUAAGAAUUUCCAUUUUUCUCUGUUUUAGGCUACCCUGUAUGAUAUAAUUACCAAGAAUUAUGCCAAGAUAAAGAGACCUCGGGGAGAUGCCAAACGACUUAUCUACUGA